AUGGCACUCGGUCGCAAGUUCAAGCUGAAUACUGGUCACGAGAUUCCAGCUGUCGGACUGGGAACAUGGCAAUCGAAACCAAACGAGGUCCAAGAAGCAGUUUCCGCAGCGUUGAAACACGGCUACCGUCAUAUCGACGCUGCCUCUGUAUACGGCAAUGAACGCGAAGUCGGAGCCGGUAUUAAGGCAUCAGGUGUACCGCGCGAAGAGUUCUUCCUCACUAGCAAACUCUGGAAUACGGAUCACGACCCCGAGAAUGUCGAGGCUGCCGUGGAUCGGUCCCUCAGGGACCUCCAGACGGACUACCUUGACCUCUACCUUAUCCACUGGCCCGUUGCCUUCCGCCAUUCAACCACCACGAUACAGCCCGUCGACGAAAAGACAGGUUUGAUUGACGUUAUCGAUGUGCCAAUCAAGGAUACAUGGGCUGCUAUGGAGGCUUUGGUAGCCAAGGGUAAAGUGCGAUCAAUCGGGGUCAGCAACUUUACACGGGAGAAAAUUGAGGAGCUACUGAAGACGGCAGAAAUUCCACCAGCCGUGAACCAGAUUGAAGCGCAUCCUUACCUUCAGCAAAGAGAUCUGCUAGAGUGGUCAAAGGAGAAGGGAAUUGUAGUGACGGGGUACUCGCCCCUAGGAAACAACAUCUACAACAUCCCGAGAGCCGUCGACGACCCCCUCGUGAUUGAAACAGCAAAAACCUUGAACAAAACCCCAGCCCAAGUCCUAAUCAGCUGGGCCGUUCAGCGCGGAACGGUCGUUCUCCCCAAAUCCGUGACCCCGGCGAGGAUCCAGAGCAAUUUUGAAGGUGUGCACCUCCGCCUGUCCCACUUGAUAUUUCUCGCCAUCGACUUGGUUUAUGCUGAUUAUAUGUUUCAGAUUUUGUCCUCCCGGAAGACGCAUUUCAAGCUAUACAGUCGUUAGAGCGACAUCAGCGGAUGAACUUCCCUGCACGUCUUGGGGUUGAUAUUUUUGGAGAGGUUGGGGAGGAAAGUGCGGAAAGGAGUGCUCGUGAGUGGGCAGAGCAGCAAAAGAAGUUGCAGAGUCAGAAGUGAGAGGUAUUUGGGUGCGCGUUGUUAGGGAGAGGGUGAAUAGAAAUAGAAUAAAUUCGAAGCAGAAGCCCGAUUUAUGUCCAAUUGUUACAGUACAGAUAUGAUACCGGAAGGCGUCGGGGUAUAUUUUGGUGGGAGUGACUAGUUCACCAUGUAUCAGGGAUUAGGAAUUAUGUAUGAUGAUGAUGAUGAUGAUGAUG